AUGGGUGGCUACCUGUCGAAGUUCCAAAACCUGAUAUGGGCGAAGAAAGAGACGCGGAUAUUGAUUCUGGGACUUGACAAUGCGGGCAAGACCACACUCCUAUACAGACUGAAGAUCGGCGAGGUCGUCACCACAAUACCAACCAUAGGCUUCAACGUUGAAUCCGUAACCUACAAUAAGCUGAACUUCAACGUCUGGGACCUCGGCGGCCAAACCUCCAUCCGCCCCUACUGGCGCUGCUACUACGCCAACACGGCAGCCGUAAUCUUCGUCAUCGACAGCACAGACAUCGACCGCCUCACCACCGCCUCGGAAGAACUGCGCGCCAUGCUCAACGAAGAAGAACUCCGCGACGCCGCGCUGCUCGUGUUCGCCAACAAGCAGGACCAGCCGGGCGCCAAGGGGGCGGGCGAGAUCAGCGAGGCGCUGAGGUUGGGCGAGUUGAAAGACCGGAAUUGGAGUAUUGUGGCGUGUAGUGCGGUGGAUGGCACGGGGGUUACGGAGGGCAUGGAUUGGCUGAGUUCGAAUGUGGGUGGGGAGAAUUAG